CCCCUCCUUUUUCUUAUUCUUCCUGACCUGACCGACCAGGACUGGCAUUCAUUCUCCAGUGAAGACUCCACAGUUUCUAUCUCCCUUCUGGCAACAUGACCUUCCUCAUUAACACUUGUGGACAUAAAGUUCUUAACUUUGGUUAGCUCCUUCCCUCAUCAGCCUGCCCCAGCUGCUGUGGCCCCCAAGGACAGAAGCUGCAUCAGGUCUAGCUGUUGCCCCGGGAAACUGUCAAGGCUAUCUGGGACUGACCCAGUACAGCAGCAUCCAUUCAGACUCAGGGGACUUUCAGAAUCUCAGAAGUUUCUAUCUUCACUCUUUUUCCAUACUUAGGGGCCUGGAGGGGGCACAAAACAGGCUUUCAGAUGUCAGUUAUGCUGAAUCCAAUCUCUGACCUGGACUUCACACCUUGUUGGUAAACAGUAGUUUGGGUCCUUGCCUGAGCCUUGGUUCUCCUGCUUCUUCCUCCAACCCACACUGGAGAGACUUUCGUCACAAGCUGAGAGUGGGACCGGAGCUCACCACUGGAGAACUGACUUUGAACCUGAAGGCUGGGGACGGAUGUGUGUGCUGUGCUUCGGCUCUCUGGACCCCUGAAGGAGCAGUACGCCCAGGAACAUGGAUUGGACUUCCAGCGACUCCUUGAUGCCAGCAACUACAAAGAGGCCUUUCGGCAGGACAUGAUCCGCUGGGGAGAGGAGAAGAGGAAGGAGGACCCAGGCUUCUUCUGCAGGAAGGUUGUGGAAGGGGUCCCCCAGCCUGUCUGGGUGGUGAGCGAUGCUCGGCGGGUGUCAGAUAUUCAGUGGUUCCAGUCCUCCUUUGGUGAUGUGACCCAGCUGGUCCGAGUGGUGGCGUCAGAGGAAAGCCGGCAGCAGCGGGGCUGGGUGUUCACAGCAGGAGUGGAUGAUGCCGAAUCAGAAUGCGGCCUGGAUCACUAUGGAGCAUUUGAUUGGGUCAUUGAGAACCACGGUGAAGAUCAGAAGCUGGGGCAGCAGUUGGGGAAGUUGGUGGACUUUAUCCACAGUAAACUGCAGCCCUCCGUGUGUGAGGAUCGGGCUGAGAGGAGCUGACUCUCCCCAGGGCAGUGAGGGCAGGUGUGUGCAGUGGGGGAAGGAGGAGGAGCCAUGCACUGAGGCUGCCCUCCUCCUCUGGAAGAGGCCACAGGGCUGAGGUUGAAUUCCAGUGCUGUGGACAUUUGGGCGUGCAACCUGACUUCUGGAUUUGCUUCCCUGAUGUAGACAGUAAUUAAUCGCUGCUUCUUGGGGCUGGGCUAAGACUGAAGGGAUAGAAAGUCAGGAUAAAGUGAACGCGGCCAUGAAGAACACAAAAAUAUUAUCAGUGGUCUACAGAUGUCUCCUUGGAGUUCAAAGGGGCAAUAAUGCCUUUGGUGCCAUACACUUUGGGCCCCGUCAUCUGGAGCUCCAGACACCCUGUGGUUUAGAUAGGCAUGUCAGUUGUGGUAAUGAGGACUGGUAUUCAUAAACCUUGGAGAGCUGAGGGCACACUCACUGCUGGGCUGGCAUCUAUCUGAUCUCUCACAUGCAGCUUGCUCUCUUUAGGGUCAGAGUAGGGCUGGGGGUGGGGUGAGAUGGUGGGUGAGAGCCCUUGGAAGAAUCCUAGGGUUGCCCUGUUGUCUGGUUCUCCAGGUCUGUGCUUCUCAAAAUAAAGUUGGAUUUGUGGAUCGAUCUGUUUUGGA